AUGGGUUUGCGCAGCCAAAGACUGAGCAAGGAUGAAAAGCAGAAUUAUAAGGAUGAGCAACGCCUGCUAAUUCCCGGCGGCCAGUAUGUUAUCCUCCAUGACGAGAAAUAUUUUUAUAUUGAGGACCGGGCUAAUACUGUUUCUGGAAGGCCUAAACGGGACCGCGGCGCCAUUCCCAUCCGACCAGGCUCAGUCACGAAGAAAUACGAAUCGUUUAUACCUAAGAAUACCAUUGGAUCUGGGCCAGGUACGCGGACAACCUCAGCUCCGUCGAUACCACGAUCCCCCUUUACGAUACCGAAGAAUUUGGAGUUAGAUCGGCAUGCUGUUAUUCCCGACUCCGAUGAUGAGGAGAUUACGCCGCCGCGGAAACGUUUGAAGACAGUGAAUCCCGAGAUAAUUGAUUUGGAAGAUGAUGACCAGCCGCAGACAGCCCGGAGAUCGCCAAGCGUUGAUAUUCUUCACACCUUUAAACGUCCUCCCCCACGAGUUACAGGUCAAGAGACGAAAAAGAAAUCUCAAAAUAUUUCGAAAUACUGGCCCCUUGAUGGCAAAAGCCAGCAGCAGCCAUCUACAAUGACCGCCCAGGGGGAGAGACGGGUUGGCCGCACGGGAGAUAUCUGGCCGUCCGCGUCUGGCGGUGAACAGUCUCCGGAACCAGCAACGGCUGAGCAAAUUGAACCCGCUAACGGGAAACACCAAACCAAACGCGCAUCUCUGAAAUAUUACGAAGGCAUUGUGGGUGAUCAGAUGGUGGCGGUAGAAGUGCCAGUCUACAAGCCAAAACGCAAAAAGUUAUCUGAACGCCUUAGGGAAAGUGAAAGCGGGUCAAAUGAUUGCACCGUUCUGGACGACAAUCGGCUGCGUACGUACGACCUGAAGGAAAGCUCAGAUGAGCUCCAAGGAGACAAGACAAUACCUGAUUCUUGGAGAGAACGAGGCGUUUCACCAGGUGAUCUUCGUCAUUCCAAAUUUACAACUCCUACCAAAUCAAGGCAGAAGACAGUAUCUCGGCAAGAAGACAAGAACCCAAAAAGGAAAUCCGAACCCGUGUCAUUUGAUCUUUGCACGUUCCGUCAUGGGGAUUUCCAUGCGAAGCCAGUAUCCCGUCUAAUCUACAACAGGGACACGUCCAAGUUCUCCAUAACUUCGGCAGGUGAUUCUUCGUCAUCCAAACAGAGGACCUUCGAUUUCAUGAAAGCAAUUGGAAUGUAUUAUAGUGAACAUGCAGAAUGUGGGAAGGUCCGGAUUAAUUUUCCGAAGUCACAAGACGCUGUCGAUCAAGUUACCGAUAUUGAAUUUACCAGCGAGCACGAGAAAAAGAAAUUUUGGAACCUGAUGCAUAAGGCGUCGCCCUCUCUCAAAAGGGUCCUCAAGGGAAGGGAAUGGAUGGAUAAGCUUUUCCAGGCCCCUACUCCGUCCGUGAAUACGGGCGCCAUGGGAACACUAAAACGCGAGGGCCCAAAGUCAAUUGGUGUUAAAGGGGAAAAGGAUUCUUCGGCCGUGACGCGGCCAAAACGAAUAAAACUAACCGACAACCUUGGGGACGGAGAUCCAUCUACGAAUAACCGGCCCGCGGAGACGUUGAGCCAUGCUCACCCUUCUCCGCGUAACAGCCCAAAACUCGCAUUACCCAUCCCUAUUAAGACUUACCGAGAUUCGGUUGGUACCCGGUCUAAGGCUCGAAAACAGAACUUAGAUAUCGACAGCCACGACGAGGAUGAGGAAUCCACAAGUAUUUCCAUCUUCGACACAGCAGGGAAACAUUGGCAAAGGCCUCUUGUAUACCCUGAGACGGGAAAGAAAAAAGCAGAGGUUGAAGCUCAUGAUUUGGACCGACUCAGGCCGCACGAAUUCUUGAACGACAACCUGAUCGGACUCUACAUUCGAUUUCUCGAGCAUCAUCUGGAGCGUCAGCACCCUGAUUUAGCGAAACGAAUAUACUUUUUCAACUCAUACUUCUUUGCAACAUUAACGAACACCGCCAAAGGUCAGAAAGGGAUUAACUACCAAGGGGUUGAGAAAUGGACAAGAACUUUCGAUAUAUUCGCCUUUGACUACCUGGUUGUCCCAAUUAACGAGAAAGCCCAUUGGUACGUGGCAAUCAUUUGCAACCUACCAGGCUUGCUUUUACCUGAGACGGAGGAAGAUGUAUCUGGUGCCGAGGAUGGUGGCAAGGAUGAGGCUCUGGCGGUACCAGACGUAACCGAGAUAAAGCCUCUCGAAGUGGCAUCCAACGUUACUACUGGAGAAUCGGAAAAAGAGACUGGUAACUCCGAUAACUCAGUUUCAGAUUCCAUCAAAGACGAUCAAGUCCAAGAAUCGUUCACGUCAAUGACGUUGAAAGAUAAUGUCUCGGAAUCUAAUGUUGCUGAAGACGGUAAAAAAGACGAGCCCCUUGAGCAUGAGGAAUGGCCGGACGAAGAGAAAAUCCAGCCUUCUUCCUCCGCCCAGGAAACACCAAGGCUACUCUUCGGCGAAGCACUCGAGCCGCUAAAACCUUCAACUCCCGCCCAAUCUCAGCAGGCGUCCAAACGGCCUAAACCGAUAAAAAAGCGUGGUCAAAAGAACCGCGGGCCUGUCACGAGGUAUGAUGCGAAACAACCGUCAAUCGUUGUCUUUGACUCGUUGGACUGUCCACGGCCCCCCACGAUUCGAAUCCUCCGAGAUUACCUCAAAGAGGAAGCUCAAGCUAAGCGAUCUUUAACUAUCAAUGACACCAGAAUAAAAGGGAUGAACGCGAAGCAAAUACCACAUCAGCCAAAUUUCUCUGACUGCGGGCUAUACCUGCUAGCUUACCUCGAAAAAUUCGUCCAGAAUCCAGAUGCUUUUGUGAAAUCAGUGCUUCGCAGAGAAAUGGACAGAAAUAAAGACUGGCCAGCAAUGAAACCGGGCUUAUUCCGGUCUCGAUUACGCAAGUUCCUUUUGGAUCUGUAUGAGGAGCAGGAUGCACAAAAGUCUGGGAAACGGAACCAAGAUGUUCCCCUUAUGGUCGAUGCGAAGACUCUGAACAUACUUCUGGAUAAUGUUCCAGCUGUGGCUGAUCGGGUGACUGAUGACGAUACGAAGGAACCCAACGUAUUUCAGGAUACUCCAAAGCCAAAGGACAAAAGGGGCCCUGUUGAAAAGCGGAUGACCCCUACUCGCUCCUCCCCUCGGCACGAUAGAAAAGAAAAAGAUGACUCCGGUUCCAAGUUACCCAAGACCCCGCGAGUUGGUUCAUCUCACGUCGACUCCGUCUUUGCCAAGCUUCGAGAUUUUGCCUCUAGAGAUACAAAACCUGAAGUCAGCGGAGGCAGCGAUAAAGGGAGCGUGCAAGUCCCUGGCACACCACCUCCCGCAAGUCCAGAAAUUAUUGACUCCAGCCCAGCCAGCCUGGGAUCCGUGUUAGCAAGCCCUAACCGCCGAUCGAAACGGAACCUGUCAUAG